AUGUACAUUAAAGAGGUUAUUCUAUCUGGAUUUCGAAGUUACAAAGAUAAUACUGUAAUUGAUGGUUUUUCUCCAAGACAUAAUGUCGUUGUUGGGCGAAAUGGAAGUGGAAAAUCAAAUUUUUUCUUCGCUAUUCAAUUUGUUCUUUCCGACGAGUUUAGUCAUUUGAAAGAAGAACAAAGACUUGGAAUGCUUCAUGAAAGUACCGGACCAAAGGUUUCUCACGCCCGUGUUGAAAUUGUAUUCGACAAUUCUGAUCGCAGAAUCAUGGCAGUUGAUGGCACUGAAGUUCGUGUGGUUCGACAAGUAGGAAAAAAGAAGGAUCAAUAUUAUAUCGAUAAUAAAAUGGUCCCUAGAGCUGAUGUUGUGAAUCUUAUGGAAUCUGCCGGCUUCUCACGAUCAAAUCCAUAUUACAUUGUCAAACAAGGAAAAAUCAAUGAAUUAGCGACUUCUCCGGACAGUUAUAGGUUGAAAUUGCUACGCGAAGUCGCUGGAACUCGCGUUUACGAUGAGAGAAAAGAAGAAAGUUUAAAAAUUCUCAAGGAAACUAAAGUAAAAACUGAGAAAAUUGAUGGCCUUUUGAAAUACAUUGAAGAACGAUUAAAGACUUUGGAAAAUGAGAAAGAAGAUUUGAAAGAAUACCAAAAAUGGGAUAAAACGAAAAGAAGUAUCGAAUAUGCGAUGUAUGACAAUAUGAUUGUUGAGACGAAAAAGGAAUUGUCGAAAUUGAACGAUCAGAGAGAUGAGCUCACAACUAGAAAUCAUAGUGUUACUAACGAAUUGGUCGAAGUUCAAACGAAUCUGGCUCGAACAGCUGCGGAAAAGAGAAAAUUGGAUAAUCAAUUCAAAGGAAUGAAAGAAGAAAAAGAAACUCUUGUUGCUGAAGAAACCGAACUAGUUGAAAAGAAAGCUCAGGUCGAGCUUAAAAUUCGAGAUUUGACUGAAGAAACCACUAGAGAGCGACAGGGUCGAACUUCAGCUGAAAAUACUCUUAGCGAACUCAAAGCCGAAAUUGAGGAGAAACAGAACGAAUUGGAGAAAAUCACGCCCGAAUUCGAAAAACUUCUUGAAGAAGAAUCGAAAUUGUGCACCGAUGUUCGAAUUGACGAGCUGAAAAUGCGCGAGAUUCUUGCCAAACAAGGCCAAAGAUCGCAAUUCUCAUCUCAAGACGAACGUGAUCGAUUCUUGGGAAAAGAAGUCAAACGACUCAACAAUUUGAUUGGAGAAACUGAGGAUCAGGCGAGAAUCGUUGAAAAAGAGCUAGAAGACACUGAAAAAGAAGACGAGGAGUUGAAUUCGGAAAUUCAAAAUUUGGGAAGGCAAAUCGAAGAAAAUCGCUCAGAAUUGGAUAGUAAAAGCCAGAAAUCGACAGUUUUGAAACAAGAUUUUGACAGAGCCGUUUCUCAUCAAAUGGCUGCAGCACGUGAAGAAAAAACGAUUCGUGAUCAGAUGAAUGGAAUGGAAGCAGAAAUCAGUGCCUUGAACGAUCAAUUGCGAAGAUUGACAUCUAGGCCGGUAUACAAUGGUUUGCAAGGUGUUAAAAAGGUGAUCGAUUAUUUCCGCGAACACAAUCGAAAUGGCGAGCAUGACGAUGUUUUAAAUGGAUAUUUCGGAACUGUCAUUGAACUAAUUUAUGUUGAAUCAGAAUUCAUCACUGCCGUUGAAGUUAUUGCACAGAAUCGCCUCUUCUAUCAUGUUGUCGAGACUGAUAGAAUUGCCACAAAAAUAUUGAAAAAGUUCAACGAAUUGCAAUUGCCCGGCGAACUCAACUUCUUCCCAAUGAAUCGUGUUCAGCCUCCAAGGGACAAGGGUCUUCAACCAUCAUCUCAAUCGCGUGCUUUACUUUCGGUUAUUGAUUAUGAUGCUUCGUACGACAAGGUUAUGAGGACGAUUUUCACAAAUGUCGCACUUGUUAGGAAGCUUGAUCAAACUGCGAAAAACUUGAAAACCGAAGGAUACGACUGUGUUACUCUCGACGGUGAUCAAUUGUCACGUCGUGGAGCGAUCACAGGUGGUUUCAUUGAUACGAAACGCAAUAAGAUGGAGAUACACAACGCGAAACGCAACAUGGAAGAAGAGUUGGCUAAAAUGCAGGUGACUGCUGGAGAAGCGGAACGAAAAGUGCGAGAGAAGACCCAGGCUGUGGAGCAGAUUCGCUCGAAAAUGUCGCAGAUUGAGGAGCAGAUUCGCGAAUUUCACGUGCUUCAUCGCACUUUGACUGAGAGAAGGAGAGCACUUAAUGAGCAGUUUAAUCAAAUCACAAGGAAUAAGGAGCCAAAAAAAGCACGACUUCUUCAACUUCGCAAUCGUCGGCGUGAGCUGAUUGCUCAACGCGAAGGUUAUGAGCAAGAGAUUGGAACUCCGAUGGAGUCUCAAUUGAGUGUUGCUGAACAGAAUACUGUCAAACAAUUGCAAAAAGCAAUAACCGACAUGAGAACGAAGCUUGAAGCAGUUGCCAAGAAGCGCAGUGAUUUGGAGCAUCGAAAGAGAACCCUUGAGAAUCAUUUGAAGACCAAUUUGCUCAGGAAGCAGGAGAAUUUGUCGGCGAAAAUUGACGAUAUAUCCGAUAAUGAACGGCGUCAUCGCUUGCAAUCUCAUCAAGCUGAACUCACUUCUCUUUUGAAUCGAUUGUUCGAGAUCAGACAGUCAUUGGCGUCUCUUGACGAAAGUCUCACCGAGUAUGAGGAGAAGUCCGAGCAUUUGAGCAGAAGUCUUGAUGAUAUACAAGAACAACAGAAGGAUCUUGAAGCGCAACUCACCGAAUUCGCGAAACAAUCUGACACCAUUUGUACAAAGCAGGCAGCGCUUCAAGCGAAGAGAGAAGACAGCUUGAAAAAGAUGCGACAACUUGGGGCUCUGCCAACUGAGGCUUUCUCCAAGUAUCAGAACAUGAAGCAUAAGGAUUUAGAGAAGAAACUUGUCUCAUGUGUCAGCGAACUGAAAAAAUAUGAGAACGUUAAUAAGAAAGCUCUUGAUCAAUAUUUGACGGCGUCAUCGCAAAGAGAAGAACUCUCGAAGCGAAUGGAAGAACAGAAAAAGAGUGAAGCGUCGAUUGAAGAGCUUAUCAAAGUACUCGAAACUCGAAAGUAUGAAGCGAUUCAGUUGACAUUCCGACAAGUCUCCAAAAAUUUCAAAGAAGUUUUCAAGCGACUUGUUCCGAAUGGGCAAGGACAAUUGGCUAUUCAAGUCCGCGAUUCUCAGCCAGGAGACGAUGAUUUGAAUGCGGUUGAGAAGUUCAGCGGAAUCGCAAUCCUUGUCUCAUUCGUGUCGGAUUCCGGAGAUGCUGAAACGCGCGAAAUGCAGCAAUUGUCAGGAGGGCAGAAGUCCCUCGUGGCUCUUGCACUUAUCUUUGCUAUUCAGAUGUGCGAUCCAGCUCCAUUCUAUCUUUUCGAUGAGAUCGACGCCGCUCUUGAUGCUCAACAUCGUAAAGCUGUCGCUGAUAUGAUCCACUCGCUUUCCGAUAAUGCUCAAUUCAUCACCACCACUUUCCGGCCAGAAUUGCUCGCAUCCGCUGAGAAAUACUUUGGAGUGCGCUUUAGAAAUAAGGUUUCUCACAUCGACGCUGUUACUCGUGAACAAGCCUAUGACUUUGUUGAAGAUGAUCAGACCCAUGGAUAA